AUGCAUCCGUUACGAGAAAGAACAUGCGACGAGUUACUAGAACACCCACUGUUGAAAACUCCCCCACCAGAACCAGAGAAGCCGCGACCCCCGCGUAUUCGCAAACCUCGAGAAUUUAAACUUCCUCCAAGAUUUCCACUCCUAUCGAAAGAGUUUUACGCAUGCUGGUGCAAUCACCAAAAAGAGUUGCAAAUGGCGACGCACAUAGUGGACGACAGCCCUCCGGAACUGUUUCCGGAACUCUAUUUGAAGCCUCGCAGACUUGACUAUUACGCCUAUCAGAUUGAGGACACUAUGAACGUCAACAAAGAUCUGCUCAAGAAAAUUAAUCUAAUACAAAGAACGGGGGGGUUUGUUGACUGUCAUAGACCGGAACCAAAUAAUAAAUACAACAAAUUACUCUGUCAACAACGACAACGACUAUUAGACGAAAUUCAGAGGCAGAACCUGUAUUUCUACUCAAGACUUCUUGUUGCCAGAUCUGAACAAUAUCUAACAUGUGAACUGGAUGAGCUAUGGAAGGAUACUAAGCAUAAGUUGAUUCUUGGAGCUUCAUUGCCUUUUAUUUUGUUCAAAACUGAUAAUAUUGAUAGAGAUAUUAAAGAUCCAGCAUUUGAUAAACCUCCAAACGUUACUCGUACUAAAGUGUCUCUGGACAUUUGGGUGCGGGGCGGCUCAAAGAUUGGAAAAGUGACAGUGGAGUUGUUCAAUGACAUCGUACCUUUAACAUGCCAAUUAUUUUUAAGCCUGAUUAAAGGAGAUGCAACAGGUCACGGUUACAUGGGCACCAGGUUCUUUAGGGUAGUGCCAAACUUGUACUGUUGUGGAGGUGACGUAACUAAGGACAAUGGCUACGGUACAUACGUGCCUGGAGACAGGGAGGACCCAAUGGGUCCUGAGAAUUUUAUCCUGAAGCAUACUGUGCCAGGAGUACUGUCCAUGUCAGUGUCAAAAGACAAUGAAGUCUAUGGGUUUUUCAACAUUAUAUUUAAACCAUUGCCGCAGUUUGAUGGAAAACAUGUUGUAUUCGGUAGAAUUAUAGGGGGACCGCCUCUGACGUUAGAACGCAUCAGUGCCCUAGGGCUGGCACUCGGUGGCACAACUAACGACUGUAUCAUGAAAUCAUGCGGGUAUUUCAGCCGUUUCGGACAAUAUCGCGAGGGCAACCCUAACACCAUCAAAUUUCCACCCAGACGUAAAUAG